UUCAUUCAUAAUUCAUCAAAGUAUCCAUCACACAAUGUAAAAAUCAAGAAAAGUAAAAAUCAAAAUCUAAAAAAAAAUUAAAAGAUAUGGAUGGAGGAGAUGAUCAUGAGCUGCUGGAAAAGCACAAUGUGAAUGUUGUAGGGUUUGGGGAGCAGCACAUAGUCCUCUCCCAUGGGUUUGGGUUAGAUCAGUCUGUGUGGAAGUAUGUGGUGCCUCACUUGGUCGACGACUUCCGCGUGAUCCUCUACGACAACAUGGGCGCCGGCACCACCAACCCCGACUGCUUCGACUUCCAGCGCCACUCCACCAUCGAGGCCUACGCCUUCGACCUCAUCACCAUUUUGGACACCCUCAACAUCACUUCUUGCAUCUACGUCGGCCACUCCUUCUCUUGCCUCGUCGGCGCCAUCGCAUCCAUUCAUCGCCCCCAACUCUUCACUAAGUUUGUCUUCAUGGGUGCAUCUCCCAGGUACUUAAACGAUGUUGACUACAAUGGAGGUUUCACCUCGGAAGAACUCGAGCAAAUUUUUUCAGCCAUGAGAGACAACUACAAGGCUUGGUGCACCGGGUUCGCGUCAUUAGCCGUGGGAGGCGAUUUCAACUCGUGGGCCGUUCAAGAAUUCAGCCGGACAAUGUUCAACAUGAGACCCGACAUAGCCUUGUGCGUGGCUCAAACGAUAUUCAAGUGCGACCUUAGAUCAAUGCUCGGGAUGGUCACCGUGCCUUGCCACAUUUUGCAUAGCCGCAAGGACUUAGCCAUCCCUUUUGAGGUAUCGGAGUACCUCCACCGCCACCUUGGCGGCAAGUCCGUGGUGGAGAUCAUGGACACCGAAGGCCACCUACCUCAACUUAGCUCGCCGGAUAUUGCCAUCCCCAUGUUGCUUAGGCACAUCCGGCAGAACAUCGCGAGCUAGUUAGUUCAUAGGGUUUAUCACGAAGAAAUGAGUGUACUAUGAACACAAUUUAUGUAUGUACAUGAAUAAUUUGAUAUAAGUAUU